CAGUGCGCGAUAUGUGGGCGCCAGUGAUAUCUGUGGUGUGGACCAUCAUGUAUAUGAUGCAGCGGAAAAUAAUGCCGGGAAAUCUGAGCCAGGAGAUGGCGAGGAAUUUGAAGGGUGAGUCUAGCAGCUUUGUCGACUAUCAGGAAGUUCCUGUAACUAUGGGCUUCACACAUCGUCCAGCCCGAAAGAAUGCAGAAGCUCACCGAGCUCUGGAGCUCCUUGAAGAUUACCAUGCUAAGCUGACAAGACCACAAGACAAGCAGCUGCGAUUAGCCAUCGAACGCGUUAUACGUAUCUUCAAGAGCAGACUCUUCCAGGCGCUGCUGGAUAUCCAGGAGUUUUACGAGCUGACGCUGCUCGACGAGUCAAAAUCGGUACAGCAGAAAACGGCAGAGACGAUUCGCAUCGCGGACAAAUGGGAAGCCAGCGACGGGCCAAUCACGCCGACCUUUGCUCAAAACGACGAUGGUCCAGCCUCCGCCUUGCCGUUGACCCAGACUCUGUCGAACAUUUAUGGCCGCAGAUCGGCCAGUCCUGAUGUUCCAGGCUCCAAUCUAGACGAAACUCAGAAAACGAGGUUUGAUGGUACAGGAGUGGAGGAACAAUUACCACCACCACCGUCGCCACCCCAACUGAAAGAAGCGGCCCAGUUAGAUGGAGUUCCCAGACUGAAUUCAGUCGACCGUAUCCUUCAUCCAGAUGGUAUUCCGCACAUUAGUCAUGAGACGCUCAACAAGAGCCAUGACAGCUGGCAGGGACACGAUAGUGACCAGUGGAAUCGCGAUAGAAACAACAGAAAGAUGACUUCUAGAAGAAAGAAGAAGUCGCAAAUUAUGAAGAAGGUUUCGAGCCUAUUCAAUCUCGAUACGGUGAAUGGCGACGAUGAGUGGGACUAUGAAGACAUUAUUUUGGAGCGAGGCGGGGCGGGCCUAGGUUUCAGCAUUGCUGGCGGCACAGACAAUCCCCAUUACGGCAACGAUACCGCCAUUUACAUCACUAAGCUUAUACCGGGCGGUGCCGCGUCCGCGGAUGGUCGACUACGUGUCAAUGACACGAUACUGCAAGUGAACGACGUGUCCGUUGUCGAUGUACCACAUGCGGCCGCCGUAGACGCACUCAAGCGGGCCGGCAACACCGUCAAACUGUAUGUACGCCGACGGAAACACACGCAGUUGAUGGAGAUCGAACUGAUCAAGGGUAACAAGGGCCUUGGCUUCAGCAUCGCCGGUGGUAUUGGCAAUCAACAUAUACCAGGUGACAAUGGAAUCUACGUGACCAAAAUCAUGGACGGUGGAGCCGCCCAAGUGGAUGGUCGCCUCGUCGUCGGCGAUAAAUUGGUAGCCGUCAGGAAUGCUCUGCAGGGCGAUAAAAAUUUGGAAAAUGUGACACACGAAGAGGCAGUGGCGACCCUAAAAGCAACCCAAGAUCGCGUCGUACUUUUGGUUUCCAAGACCGAAGGUGGAAUCAUUCCUCCACCUCCUCCUCCAAUAGCAACGGAUAAUUCUCUCUCACCUCAACCACGUAAGCAAAACGGCUCCGUGUCCGCGAUAGAAAACAACACCGCGGCUCUACCAUAUUCGCAGGAAUCACGUCACGCGUCAUCUCUUGCUCUGCACGGUACUGGGACACCAAGGGCAGUUUCCCAGGAGGAUGUGUCACGGGAAGUUCGAACCGUUGUAUUGAAUAAGGGCUCUCCUGGUCUGGGCUUUAACAUCGUUGGUGGUGAAGAUGGUGAAGGCAUCUUCAUCUCGUUCAUUCUAGCCGGAGGUCCAGCUGAUCUCAGCGGUGAAUUACGCAGAGGUGAUCAAAUAUUGAGCGUUAAUGGUAUCAAUCUCCGAACCGCCACUCACGAGGAGGCUGCCGCGGCUCUCAAGGGUACUGGUCAAACAGUGACAAUCGUGGUGCAAUACAAACCGGAGGACUAUAAUAGAUUUGAGGCGAAGAUCCAGGAUCUUAAACAACAAAUCUCACAACAGAAUGUAAUGACAGGCACCCUCAUGAGGACCUCUCAGAAGAAAUCACUCUACGUGAGAGCGUUGUUCGAUUACGAUCCCAAUAAAGACGAUGGUCUACCGAGCCGCGGCUUGGCGUUCCGUUAUGGCGAAAUCUUGCACGUGACGAACGCUAGCGACGACGAAUGGUGGCAGGCAAGAAGAGUCACUCCACAAGGCGAGGAAGAAGGUCUGGGUAUAAUUCCCUCGCGCAGGCGAUGGGAACGUAAGCAGCGUGCCAGGGACCGUUCUGUCAAGUUCCAGGGACACAUGCCAGUCAUUCUUGAUAAACAAUCAACUCUUGACCGGAAGAAGAAGAACUUCUCGUUUAGCAGGAAGUUUCCCUUCAUGAAGAGCAAAGACGAUAAGUCCGAGGAUGGCUCCGAUCAGGAACGAACGCCCACCACACCUGAGAAUGAGAACGAUCCCACCCCAUUCAUGCUGUGCUACACCCAGGACGACACUAACACUGAAGAUUUAUCUUGCGCUACAGGGAGUAGAGAAAUUUUGUUUCGCGUUCAGCUGCCGUAUAUGGAAGAACUCACAUUAGUUUAUCUGGAAAAGGAGGGCGACGAGCCCAAUGACGAGCUUAGUAGUGAAGAGAACGUGCUUUCGUACGAGGCUGUGCAACAAUUGACGAUACAAUAUACGCGUCCCGUGAUCGUUCUCGGACCACUCAAGGAUCGCAUCAAUGAUGAUCUCAUCUCCGAAUUCCCUGAUAAAUUUGGCAGCUGUGUUCCACACACAACUAGGAGUAGAAGAGAAUAUGAAGUGGACGGACGAGAUUAUCAUUUCGUGGCGUCGAGGGAACAAAUGGAGAGGGACAUACAAAAUCAUUUGUUCAUAGAGGCCGGACAAUAUAAUGAUAAUCUUUACGGAACAUCCGUUGCGUCUGUACGAGAAGUGGCUGAAAAGGGCAAGCACUGCAUUCUUGAUGUGAGUGGGAAUGCUAUCAAGAGGUUACAAGUAGCACAACUUUAUCCUAUUGCCAUCUUCAUUAAGCCGAAAUCGGUGGAGUCUGUUAUGGAGAUGAAUAAGAGGAUGACCGAAGAGCAAGCGAAGAAGACGUACGAGCGUGCUCUCAAGAUGGAACAAGAAUUUGGUGAAUAUUUUACUGCCGUCGUUCAAGGAGACACUCCCGAGGAAAUUUACGUGAAAGUGAAGGAGGUCAUCUCCGAGCAAUCAGGACCGAACAUCUGGGUUCCCUGCAGAGACCAGCAGCUGUGACGUCCUGCCCCCCACGCUCAGCAUGGGCCCAACGCCUGGACCCUGCCGCCGAGGCGACACGUUAUUCACGAUAAAUACGAUUAAGUGAUGCUCUAACACCCUUUCCUAAUUCCUUCUUCCCUCCCGUAUCCCAUAUCCAUGUAGCACAAAGUCCCUACUUAAGACGCGUAACACAUGUAAAUCGCCGCAGAGAAUUUAAGCCGAAAGAAUACUUAAAGACGAUAGGACACACGAUAUCACCAACGAUUUCCCUGCGGAGAAUUGAUAAAGUCAAUCGGGACGUGAUUUAUUCUCCUCUAAGUUCAAAAUCUAAUAAAAGAUUGUUAAGAGGGAAAUGAGGAAAACUAAGCAUUCGGGCGUGCUCAUCGUGUUGAAUUUUAUCGUGACUGAUAUUUCUGAUAAAAAAUGACGGAGAGAAAUUCGUAACUUUUAUCGCAUGAUCGUCGAUUAUUCGUGUGUGUGAUCGUCCCUAAUUUUAUUAAUUAACCUCGCGAAAGAAUUUAGAGGCGUUGUAUGUAUGUACAAUUGCUCGAGAAGAUUAGCUCGGCGUAUGCCGAAACCGAAUUUGUGGGCAAUUUGGAAGAGUUCUCUCGAAUUCGACUGAACUAUCAGCUACGAAAUGCGAACGCUUUUUCGGUCAUACUCGGGCACGGUAUUUUUUAAUGUACUUAAGCGCAAUUAGCGCGUCGAGAACGUCGAGCGAAUUCGACGAACUCAAUUCGAAAAAACGGGGGAAUCACGGAUAAGAGAAAAAACCGUAGCUCUCCCAGCGACGUUGUGUAUGUGUUAAUGAACCUCACAGGAUUAAAAGAAACAGUAAAAAAAGCAGAAAAAAA